ACCAGAUCUAUCACGUGUUUCGUAUCAGUUUCCAGAGGCAGAACAUCGACAAGGAGCUCGCAAGGAACGGCCCCCUCAAGACUCAAGCAAAAAUGGUUCGCUCAAAUCUCCGUCACGGUCUCAACAAGGGCCACCCCACCACUCCCAUCCCCAAGACUGUUCGCCCUAGCCAGCGCAAGGGCAUCCAAUCUCAACGCACGAAGUUCGUGCGCUCUGUCGUCCGGGAGGUUGCUGGAUUCUCGCCCUAUGAGCGACGAGUUAUGGAGUUGUUGAGGAACUCCAAGGACAAGAAAGCACGUAAGCUCACAAAGAAGCGGGUACGUUCUAUUGUUACCAUGACUCAAAAGUUACCGGUCUUACACUCAUUUAAAUUAUUUAGUUGGGCACUCUCCUGCGCUCAAAGCGUAAGCUCGAGGAGCUUGGCAAUAUCAUCCAGGAGAGCAGAAGGGCAGGUCACUAAAAGUUGUUUGACUCGAGGGGAGAUCGAGAGGAGUACUCUGGUCGGGUCUCGACGGCUGUUCGUUUUCCUUAGGCGACUUCAUGCACCAUGAUGCUAUGCGAUUUUUUGUAACUCUAUGCGCUCUAUUUGAAUGCAGUACCAGCAGCAUGACAGGACUUGGCGCAAAUUGGAGAUGCACACUUCUUUGGAUUUAUCUCCAUUUUAGCUGCGGUUUUAGCUAUGAUCUGAGCGACACCAACAAUGGAUGAUUAUCCCGGUGCCUACUGAGCAAACUGCGCUGUCGUUGUGGACUUUGGUUGCGUCUGGGUUGUUCAUGAUGUACAUCAAUGACCGUGGGCAGUUCCACUACUACCGCAGUAGCAUUUACCCAUGAGCUCUUUUCGCUGCGUAAGCGUUUUGAGAGGUCUGACCCACUUUCGCAAUAUGAAUGGAAUAGGAGAUGUUACCCAAGUUGUCCGCUCGGAGGGAGACGGUAGCUUGCAAAGCAGAACGGCUGACGAAGGGGGCAGACGGGCCGAGCGUCUGAGAUAGGAAGCGGCAAUUACGUCUGUUACGCG